CAUCCUGAAGAUGAAGAUGAAGAAAUGAAGAUGUUCUCUGAUAUUACCUUGUUUUUAAAUGAUGCCCUGCCUAUACCACGUUUUUGUGACUUGUAAUAAUACCACAGUACUUUGUAAAUAUCUUUGCGUGCCACAGUAUUAGUAUAUAUUUUUGUAAGUGUGUGAUGAUAAUACUUUAGUCCAGCAUUUAGACUCUGCUGUUUUGAUAACAUUGACCAAUGACCAUUAGUGCAUGUCAUUAACCCCGACUGUGUGGAUUUAAAGGGAUAGUUCUCUUAAAAUAGUGUCAUUUACUACCAUUAGAGCUGCUGGCAUGUGUGAUGUUUUGAGAUGUUCAUGAGCUCAGAUGCUGUCAGUGUGUUGGUCAGCCUGUUGUGAUGCUGCGGUCUCCAGAGGACCGGGUUGGCAUGGCAACACUGAGACCAUCCACUUCCUGGAAGAGAGUCGUGAAUCACACGCAUACGGUUCAGAUGAUGCCACUGAUGCUGCUGGAGGAAGAUCUAGAGCUUAUUCUUGUAUACAUCAAUUAUUACAGUAUCAUGUGCAAAAUCUAUAGAUUUCACAAAAUCAUUCGUUUUUGUUUUGUAUCAUAAGGCUUUAGGUACGUGUUUUAGGAACAUACCGUACAUCACGUUUCACAAGUGAAAAACCUGUAUUUAAAUGGUUAUGACUAGUUUUAGCUCCUCCCACUGGUGUGUUUGCAGCGUUCUGAUUGGCUCUCGUCUGCAGAUGGCUCUGCUGUGGAGGAGGGGCUUGUCACUAUCAGGGCGUUUAGGGAGUGACUCUCUGGUUGGCAUGGUGCCAGGGCCAGGGGUCGUUACGGUGGCCCCUGAGGGUCACAACAGGUCGUGGGAGACCCCGGUGGUCGCUCCGGAGACGCCCAUCUUCCUCAUGACCCCCGCCGCUCAGACCAUCUCUGGGAUCUUCACCUGGACGGCUCUGCUGCUCACCUGCCAACAGAUCUACAUGCACUUGCGCUACUAUAACACUCCUAACGAGCAGCGGCACAUCGUCCGCAUCCUCUUCAUCGUGCCGAUCUACGCCUUCGACUCGUGGCUCAGUCUGCUGUUCUUCACUAACGAGGAGUAUUACGUCUACUUCGACACCGUCCGCGACUGCUACGAAGCGUUUGUCAUCUAUAACUUCUUGAGUUUGUGUUACGAGUAUCUGGGCGGCGAGAGCGCCAUCAUGGCCGAGAUCAGAGGAAAACCCAUCCAGUCCAGUUGUGUUUACGGCACAUGUUGUCUGUGGGGCAGAACUUACUCCAUCGGCUUUCUGCGCUUUUGCAAACAGGCGACGCUGCAGUUCUGUGUGGUGAAGCCGCUGAUGGCCGUGAUCACCGUCAUCCUGCAGGCCUUCGGGAAAUACAGAGACGGAGACUUCAACGCGGCCGGCGGUUAUUUAUACGUGACCAUCAUCUAUAACAUCUCGGUCAGUCUCUCUCUCUACGCUCUCUUCCUCUUCUACUUGGCCACUCGUGAUCUGCUGGAGCCGUACGGCCCCAUGCUGAAGUUCCUCUUGGUCAAAUCCGUCAUCUUCCUCUCCUUCUGGCAGGGGAUGCUGCUGGCCAUUCUGGAGAAAUGCGGCGCGAUUCCUCGCAUCAACUCUCCUGAUGUCAGCGUGGGGGAGGGGACUGUUGCCGCCGGUUACCAGAACUUCAUCAUCUGCAUCGAGAUGUUCUUCGCCGCUCUGGCGCUCAGAUACGCGUUCACAUACAAGGUCUACAUGGACAAGAGACUCGACAUCCAGGGCUGUGUUCCUGUCUAUGGCCAGUACGGUCGUUGUGCUCCCAUGAGCAUCUCCAGCAGUCUGAAGGAGACGAUGAAUCCGGGCGACAUGCUGCAGGACGCCAUCCAUAACUUCUCUCCGGCGUAUCAGCAGUACACACAGCAGAGCCGCUGCCAACCGCUGAGCCGCUCCAACAGCUGCAGCAACGAGAAAACCCUGCUGCUCAGCUCCGACGACGAGUUCUGACGCGCUCUCAAACCCUAGUGAGAUCACGAUCAUGGUGCAUGCAUAGACAGCAUGUUUGGGCAUCAUCAGUGCUUCCAGACAGAAGGCAGCAAAACUACUGUAUGCUGCCUUGAGGGACGACGUUGUGGCCAAAAUAUUGAUCGAAA